AAAUGUCUUGUUAAUGACUGUCUCCUUUGCGGCCACCAGCAGCACCAUACCAAAUCAAUGGCUUUAUUAGUCUUUAUUCCAUAUCGUUUAGGCACCGCUACUCUCGUCUUCACUUGCUGCAUGCUGAUAACUGAACGUUUAGGCAGCAGCGCGGCAGGCAGCGGCAUCUGGGAUCCAGUCGAAUCAUCUUCUACGUCUGCAGCGUCAACUGCAACGUCAACUGCAACGACAAACAAUCUAAUCACGUUAUCACCUAAUGGCAGUUUGACUUUGCACACCUUCCGGCCGGAGCAGUUCCGACCAGACGUUCACGCUGCCACCUACAGGUGUUUGGCAGCCAAUUUCAUUGGUCGUAUCCUCUCCACUCCUGUGCGCGUCCGUGCAGUGAUUUUGCCGCCAUUCGAGGUCAACGUCGAGAAUCCUCGAGUUCGUCGUGGCAGUACGGCUGUUUUUCGUUGCUCUGUUCCUGACUCUGUUCGUGAUUAUGUUACAGUCACUUCUUGGAUUCAAGACAAUCGAUACGACAUUUUUCUUACUUCAAGUCAAGGUAGACUAUGCCAAGUGGAAAUCAAUGACUGA